GUUCCUAGGAGCAGGUGUAGUCAUUUGUUCCACCUCAUAAACAAAAUGAAAACCACACCCUCUAGCAACCUGAGUUUAUAGCAACCCUGUGUAUGCUAUCCAUAGAGGAAAGACCUAUUGGCAGAUAAAGAUUUUUGUCACCAAAAUCCCAUCUCUGGUUCUUUCUUUGAUCCUCAGUCAUUGCUUACUCAGUACUGGGCAAGGAUCUUGGUCCUUCAGCACUGACUGUAUGAACACAUGGAUCUUAGGAGUGCCAUGGAGAGUGAGAACAUAAGCACCCUCCAAGAACAGGUCCAGUGUCUCACCAAUGAAAAUGUGCAGCUGCAGGAUAGGAACGAAAGACUGUACACAAAGCUUGGAGAACUGCAGGAGAAGAUGGGGAAGCUGGUUGGUUCCAAAACGGACUUGUCAUCCAGAUUGGUUUUCAGUGAGGAGGAGAAACUUAAGAUUUCUAAGGACCUCAUUGAUCUCCAGAUGGAGACAAACAAAAUGAGAGAGCAGUAUGAGGCAGAGAACUUUGAACUGAAAAAUAUGAUCCUGACCCUGGAGAACCGUAUUCUGGAGUUGGAGCUCCAUGAUGAGAAGGUCACUGGGGAACAUGAUGCCCUACAGGAACGCCUGCACACUGUGGAGACCAAUCGCAAGGAGCUGGCUGAUGAAUACAUCAUUCUGAAAAGCAAUUAUAUGGCCCUGGGCAAAGAACAUGAACAGGAGGUUGCUAAGAAUGAAGAGCUGAGCAUAGAGCUGCUAAACCUGGUCAACACCAGGAGCUCCCUUCCUCAGUCAUGGAGUAACUACUCCCCGUCCCAAGCACUGGCCAAUGAAACCUCGGCCGAGCUGGAAAGGGUGCGGGCUGUGGUCCACCGCCUCUCUGCCCGGAAAGUGAAGCCGGAAGAUAUAGUUGCCUCUGAACACGAACGUCGAAAACUGGAGAGACAUUUGCUUGGAAACCAGGAUCACCUAAAAGCUGAGAUUGAAAAGAUGAAGCAAACGUACGACUCUCAGCAACAGAAGCUGGAACAGAGGGUGGAGGCAAUGGGGAAGGAGCUGCAACAGUCCAAGAGAGUGAUUCGCAAUACUCAGCACAAACUGGUGGAACAAUCAGUGGUUCUGCUUACCUCUCAGAGCCAGCUCAAAGAGGUGGAGGUUGAGAAUUCCCAACUGCAACUUCAGCUGAAGGAACUGAAUGAGGAAUAUCGCUGUCGUCUUACUCAGUACAUCAAGGACCUGGCGGAAUAUAUGGACAGCAAAUCAAAUGCUUCUAAGGGGCCUAACACAGUACCAGCAGACCAUGCUUACAUGAAGCGCUUUGUGGAUGGCAUGCUGAAGGACAUCCGGGCCGCCCAUAAAUCUCGGGAGGAGCAGCUGGCUGGAGCUGUGCGUAGUUACAAGAAGCGCAUGCAGAACCUUGUCAAGAGGCAUGAAAACCUGCUGAUUGCUUAUAGGGACAAGAGGGAGUUCAGAGCCUUGGCUGACGAAGGAGCGGUGGGGGCGAAAGCAACUCUUCAAGCGGCUUCGGACAUGGUGGAUACAGCGGCCCGUUUGAUAUCCUCGGCCAUUUCCAUGUGCAGGGCAUUGGGGCUGUCCGCGGAGUCCCAGUCCCUCAUGCAGGAGCUACCCUUCGACGGGAAAGACCUGUUUGCGGAUCAGACAGACAUCUGUCUGCAUGGCAUGAAAGACUCCUGCACCACCCUGCAGAAUCUGGGCCUAUAUGUCCCGCCAGCAAAGGACAAACCCAGGCCGCAGACAUUGGCCCCUCCAGCUAGAGGCAGAUGUGAGCCCUUACCUAAGAGGCCGAGGGAGCAGAGACACAGGUCCCAGCGCCAGUCCCGCUCGGCCCUGUGA